CUCUGUUUGUGAAAUUUUACUAAAUACAAGGGGCUAGCUUGUUGCACAUUUUGUCUCUACAACAUGCAUCUGUGGCACUUGCUUUGCUGUCUGCUAUGUAUGGGACUGAACAAUGCACAGGAAAAAACGUUCCUUGUUACGGCUCCUAAGUUUAUCCGAGUGGAUGCCUAUGAAAAGGUUGUGAUCCAGCUUUUUGGGUAUAACAGUGAAUCUACAUUUACUAUAUCCUUCAAGAACUUCCCCAGCAAGAAUAUGACCCUUGCUACAGACACUGUGACUUUAAAUGCAGCAAACAAUUACCAGAACUCUGUCAUGCUCAAGAUUCUCCCAAGACAUUUACCCAAAGGAGGCAUUUUUAGCAAUAUGGUGUACCUGGAAGCUAGAUCCAAUGAGAUUACCAAAGAGGAGAUGAUACCUGUUACCUCUGUGAAUGGCUUUCUUUUUAUUCAGACUGACAAGCCUUUAUAUACCCCUGAGCAGUCAGUCAAAGUGAGAGUGUUCUCUUUAAAUGAAGAGUUGAAGCCAGCACAGAGGCCUAUUACCGUCACAUAUAUGGAUCCAGAGUUUGUGAAGGUGGACAUUGUGGAGGUUGAAGAUGUCACUGGCAUUGCCUCUCUUCCAGACUUUAAACUUCCCCUGAACCCCAAGUAUGGAGUCUGGAGGAUUCAAGCUGCCUAUAGCAAAGACUUUUCUACUUCGGUUACAGCAGAGUUUGAAGUAAAAGAGUACACACUGCCAAGUUUUAUCAUUUCCAUUGAGCCUGGUUCCCAAUAUAUCUGCUUUAAUGAAUUUGAAAAUUUCAAAUUUACUGUCAAAGCCAGGUACUUACAUGGAAAGCCACUUACGUCUGCAGAUGUUUUUGUUCAGUUUGGAAUUAUUAAUGGGGAGAAGACUACAAUGUUCCAAAUGUCAGCACAACAUGCAGUGCUGGAUGAGGGGGAGGCUGAAGUCAUCUUUAAUACCAACACUGCUCUAAAAUCCACACCUUCUUUGAUGAUGGACAGCCUGGAGCAACUGGAUGGGAAGUUCCUUUAUAUAUUGUUAUCAGUAAUGGAAUCCACAGGAGGAAUAUCAGUGGACAGUGAGCUUUCCAACAUUAAAUAUGUCAUCUCACCAUACUCCUUGAACCUUGUAGCCACCCCCUUGUUUGUGAAACCCUCUCUCCCUUACUAUGUGAAGGUCCAAGUCAAAGACCCUGUUGGUGGCAGUGCCAGGAGGAUCCCUGUGAAACUCCAAGCCUCAACUUUAGACAAGAAUGGCCAGGAAACCUUAAUUGAGGAUGGCAAAUCCCUCUUAACAAGUUCUUCUGAUGGCACAGUACUUUUUGUAGUUAACAUUCCAUCCGAUGCUGCUACACUUCAGUUAAAAGUGGAGACAGCAGAUUCAAAAAUCCCUGUGGAGAAUCAAGCUCGGAAAGAAUUCACUGCAGUAGCAUACAAAUCAACCAUUAAUAGCUACCUCCACAUUGACUGGUCUUCCCAGCACAAACUGUUGCACGUGGGUGAUUAUGUCAGCGUUAAUGUUUAUCCUAAGAGUCCGUAUCUAUUCAAAAUUCAGCAUUUCAACUAUCAGAUUAUUUCAAAGGGCAAGAUUGUGUCUUUUGGUUCAGAGAAACGAGUGAAAGAUAGCAUUUUCCAGAACCUAAACUUCCAAGUAACAUCAGAUAUGGUGCCCUCUGCCCGUCUCCUUGUCUACUAUAUUGUAACUGGAGAAAAUAUUGCAGAACUUGUCGCCGACUCAGUCUGGAUGGAUGUUCAGGAAGAAUGUGUGAACAACUUGAAGGUCACCUUAUCAAGUAAAAAUUUGGAUUAUGAGCCAAAGAUGAAAAUGGAUCUGACAAUUGAUUCCCAGCCACACUCAUAUGUAGCCCUGUCUUCUAUGGACAAAGCUGUUCACAGCAUUCGAACCCAGAGCAAAUCUUCAAUGCUGAAGGUACUGGAUGACAUUGAAAAGAGUAGUGACCGGGGUUGUGGCGGUGGAGGGGGAAAAGAUGCUUCAGAUGUCUUCAACUUGGUGGGCCUUUCCUUCAUGACCAAUGCCAACUCCAAAGCCACAGAUGCAAGAGGAGAUAUGUGUUCUGAUAUCUUAAGGCCAAAGCGAUCAACUGAUUUAAAUAAGGAAAUGAAUGAUAAAGCCAACUCCUACACAGAUACACGUCUGCAGAAAUGCUGUUUAGAUGGUGCACGUGUGUAUCCUAUUGGAGAGUCGUGUCAAAGUAGAGCAUCAAGACUAACCAAUGCACCAAAUCCAUGCAAAAAGGCUUUUUAUGAAUGCUGCUUUCUGGCAAACAAACUGCGGGCUGAAGAACGCAAGAUCCACAUACUAGCGCGAGGUGAGCUUACUGCUAUUUUUGGUCUGCAGGAACCUAAAAUUCGCAGCUAUUUUCCAGAAUCUUGGCUUUGGGAAGUCCAUUACAUGCAAAAUACUGGGAGGAAGACAUUAUCUUUCAACAUGCCAGACUCCUUGACAACCUGGGAAAUGAGUGCUAUAGCUGUCUCCAAACAGGGGAUUUGUGUGGCAAAGCCAUUGAAUCCACGAGUUUUCAAAGAUGUCAGCAUCAAUGUAUUAAUUCCUUACUCUGUUGUACGUGGUGAACAGAUAGAGCUGAGAGGUUCUGUCUAUAACUACAAAAAUGAAAACUCUUGGUACUGUGUAACUCUUGAGGUUCCUGAGAGUGUGUGCUUGUCCCAGGGCACAAAAACCAAAACUGGUGUGACCCAGGAAACACCUUGCAACAAGAAAUCAAUCAGUGAAUUAUCAGUAAAGGCAUUCUUCUUCACUUUGCUUCCAUUAGAGGUUGGGACUCACACGCUACGUUUCAGUUUAAAAUCACCACUGGGCUCCGAGGUCCUUGUCAAGACACUUAAAGUGGUGCCUGAAGGUAUAAAGUCUGAGCUGUAUGAAGGGGGAACUCUGGACCCACAAGGCAUUUAUGGUCUUCCAAAGAAACGACUAGAGUUUAGAUACAGAAUUCCUUCAAAUGUGGUCCCUAAAUCUAAAGUGGAACGCAUGCUCAGUGUAAACGGGGAGGUGCUGGGUGAAAUUAUUUCCACAGUGGUCAGUCCUGGUGGCCUGCAGCAGCUAGUCAACCUGCCUCGAGGCUCCGGUGAAUCAGAGCUCAUGGCCCUUGCUCCACUAUGUUAUGUUUAUCACUAUCUGGAGAAGAGUGACCAGUGGGGCCUUCUUGGACCAGACAGCUUCAACAUUCGUAUCAACUUAAGGGGGAAAAUGAGAGAAGCAAUUACUGGUGUCUUGUCCUUUCGACGUCCAAAAGAGUUCUCAUACAGCAUUUGGAAGAAUGGGGAGCCAAGCACCUGGUUGACUGCUCUAAUAGUGAAGAUAUUGGGGCAGGUCAGCGUACACAUGUCUGUGGAUUACAUGACUGUGUGCAACAGCAUCUUCUGGUUGACAGGAAGGUGCCAGAAAGCAGAUGGUUCCUUUGAGGACAAAUCUGGAUAUGUUCCAGUCAAGCUUCAGAACUCUGGGGCAAAUGCAGAAGAACAAAGCCUAUAUCUGACAGCCUUUACUGUAAUAGGGAUAGCAAAGGGCAUCCAAGCCUGCCCACUUCUGGAAUACAGAGAUCCGGUCAAUAAAGCUAGGGAUUACCUUUUCACAAACUUGGGGAAGAUCAAGAAUGUCUACACUCAGGCAAUUGUAACAUAUGCACUGGCACUGACUGACAAAAGCAGCAUUCCAGCUAUUACAGCACGUGACGCCUUAAAGAAGAAUGCAAAAGUCAUAGGCAAUCCUACAAUACAGAGAUACUGGAGGGACUUGGAGACCAAUUCUGACACUAUUCAGCCUAAUAAGGGUACAGCACGCAUGGUGGAGAUGACCAGUCAUGCCCUGUUGACCACCCUACUGUAUGGAGACAUGCACUACGCCAACCCCAUUAUGAACUGGCUUACUGAACAACAACGCUACGGAGGUGGCUUUUACUCUACACAGGACACCAUUGUUGCUUUGGAGGCCCUGACAGAGUAUGCAUUACUUGCUAAACGGUCCACCCUGGAUAUGAUUGUCACUGCACUCUACAGGAAAGAGGGGAAAAUGCAGGAGUUUGACCUCAGUCAAGAAAAAUCAUUGGCAAAGCCUGUUGAGGUUACCAAGAAUGAUGAUUUGGUAAUAACUACUGGGAACAGCCGAGGAGUGUCCGUUGUUAAUAUUAGGACUAUGUAUUACCAGAUGAAUGAUGCCCAGUCUUCUUGUUUCUUUGACCUUAAAAUUGGAAUUUCAAUCAAUAGACAUGCAGAAGCAAGAAGGCGCAGACGUGACUUGGAUGACAUCUCCAUAGGAAUUACACCUUCUUAUACACUUGAGGCCUGUGCAAAGUAUAAACCCCAUAAAAAUGAGAUCUUCACUGAAUCAUCUCACACUGUGAUGGAAAUUUCACUUUUAACUGGUAUGGAACCAGUGGAAGAGGACUUAGAAACACUAGCAACUGGACUGGACCAGCUGAUCUCGGACUACACAGUGAAUGACAAUCGUGUUAUUGUUCAGGUGGAAUCAAUCCCAUCAGACCGCCAUUUGUGUGUAGGGUUUAGACUUCGUGAAAUCUUCAAGUCUUCACUGCGGAGCUCAGCUCAGUUUAAAGUAUAUGAGUAUCAUGAACCAGAUCGCCAGUGCUCCAUGCUGUAUAAAUAUACUGGAGACCAAAGUUUAACUAGAGUCUGUCAGGGCGAGGAGUGCAAGUGCAUGGAGGCUGGAUGUGGUCACCUGAAGCCUGAAGCAGAUGUGUCAAUCACAUUGGCCGACAGAAAAAAAGCAGCCUGCCAAGCAAACACAGAAUACGUCUACAAAGUGGAGAUAAUUUCGUCUAUGGAAGAGGGUGAUUUCAAAACUUACAGAGCCAGAAUAGAAGACAUCUUUAAGAAGGGAACAGACAGAGUAGAGAAGGAUUCAGUAGUGACACUUACCAGAAAUGCAAAGUGCAUUGGGAUGGACAUUCAGCCAAAGGAGUUCUACCUGGUUAUGGGCAGUGAGGCCAUUGUGAGCAAGGAUUUCACAAGUUAUCAGUAUGCCUAUCCUCUUGGACCAAAAUCUUGGGUGGAGCUGUGGCCAUCCAGGAGGAGCUGCUCAAGCCAGAAUUGCAUGAAGGUUUUGGAAGUUCUUAAUGAAUUCUCAGAAGACUUACUAAUUAAUGGCUGCCAAAUGUAGCCCAAGCCUGUGGAUGUACAAUUGUUUUUUUUAAAUUCAAGAGAAUUUGAUAAUGCAUGUUUGUACUAUGUGUUUCUUGAAAUUAAAUAUUGUGUUCAUUUGAG